AUGGCCGAGUGUGCGAACUCACCAUCGUCUCUCGAGCUGCCUGUGUGGAAAGGCUGCGGCAGAGUGGGAAGAAGCAAUGUGCCUCGGAGCUGUCAUCUCUCAACGCCUCACAGUCGCAAGAAUUUCAGGAGAAGUAGCAAGUUUGAGCUGAUCUUUACUCCGAAAUGGGCUCCAGCUCGAACAUUGAAACCUAUAGUAAGUCCUUUGCGGAAGGAUGGUUCGUGGAGUUGUAGUUGCUUGGCAGCUUUGGCGGACCCUGAUGGUGCAACGCUCUCUGAUUGGGUUUCUGUUAGCAAUCAGCUGCUUCUCCUGACCAGCAUAUUUCUUACUUACAUGGCUGGGGUAAUUCCAGUCCAGAAGUCUCAUUCCUCUUCACAGAAGACUGUGUUGGAAGAGAAUUCAGUGCGUAAGAACUUGAAGUCUCCUGGUGGGACUCGGAACAGCAACGACCAGGUUAACUUAAAUCAGGCCUGGAAUGAUGUAAAAGCUAAACUCUUGGAUUCUUUAGAUGCCGUAGAGCACAACAGUUAUUUGGUUGAAGACUUCCUUAAGUCAGAGAAGCAACAUCCAAACCGACCACUAAGUUUGGAUGCUGUGUCUGGAGGAUCAAAGCUGCGCUUACUUUGGGCUUCGUUUUAUCACCUUGAGGAAGAGGUAAAUGACAUAUUAGGUGACAACAAUGCAGUUACCUUGAAUGGGUGGAUGACAAUGUUCCCAAAAGUUAUCAACAAUUCUUGUCAUGCUGUAUGCACGGCCUGGCUUAAAGAGGAGCUUCAGCUUGAAAGUAAUAAAUCUGACAAGGUGCUAGCUUCUUUGAUGAUUGAGAAGUUAAAAAGAGACGAUGCUGCAUUGCGAAAUAUUAGAAAGUAUGGCAAGGAAGAUCUUUAUGCAGAGCUACUCUACUUUCUCAAGUUUGGCUCUUCCAGGAAUGCUCGUUUGUACGAUCAUAGCCUGUUUGUAACGCAUGGAGAUUCCAUAUUAGAGGAUUUGGUCAUAAACAUAGCUGAUGGUAUAGCUAAUUUGUAUUUAGAGCUUAUAUCCGUAGAUGGAAGUUUGCCGGAUGGAAUGAAUGACCUUGGUACGGCUAUGUGCAGUUUGUCAACUCGAGCACUGCAACGGUUACGCAAUGAGAUUGCUCUGAAUCAGUGGUUGUAUCAAAAUAUGGAAACUGUUGCAUCGAUAUACGAAGAUCGUUUCGAUCUGUGUGUUCUUCAACUGAAAGCGAUCGAAGAACCAACCCAUACUCAGGAGGGUGAUCACACUAGUUGGUGGAAACGGCUUUCUCUUACCAAAUCUUCUGCAGUAUCAUCUUCAUUUGAAUGCAUUGUCAUCUGCCAGUUCCGUAUGCCUGCAAAAAGGACCAAAGAGUUAAGGGCUUUGACAGGAUGGAGAUACUACUACAGUCUAUACCUGGAGUUAUAUGACAUCGGAUUGCCAUUGGUUAGAGCAGUUAUUGAUAAAAUCAGCAGCGCCAUCUCAUUUUUUCUUGUUACCUUGAUUGGAAGGUCCCUAGGCCUCAUCUACUCUGGCAUUAGACAGUCCCUGCGGUGGAAAUGA